AUUCAAAGCCCGCGCUCCGGUCCCCCGAACUGGCCAUUCCGCUCCACUCUCUCCUCAAAAUCCAUCUCCUCGGCUGGUCGCCAAUCCCCUCGCUGUUCCAAAGCCUUACUACUCGCCUCGGCCAGUCGCCUCCGCCACCAAAACCCUAACCCUAGCCCCGGAGCUCAGGCGACGCUCGCGCCUCCAAAUGGACGGGGGAGGCACGCAUCGCACGCCGGAGGACGUGUUCAGGGAUUUCCGCGCGCGGCGGGCCGGCAUGAUUAAGGCGCUCACCACCGAUGUGGAGAAGUUCUACCAGCAGUGCGACCCAGAGAAAGAGAAUCUAUGUCUGUAUGGUCUUCCCAAUGAAACAUGGGAAGUGAACUUGCCUGCAGAGGAGGUUCCCCCAGAACUUCCAGAGCCGGCACUGGGAAUUAAUUUUGCUCGGGAUGGGAUGGAUGAGAAAGAUUGGUUGUCACUUGUUGCGGUGCACAGUGAUGCCUGGUUGCUAGCAGUAGCCUUCUACUUUGGAGCAAGAUUCGGGUUUGACAAAGAAUCCAGGAAGCGGCUUUUUAGCAUGAUAAACAACCUCCCCACCAUAUAUGAGGUUGUCACCGGAACUGCGAAGAAGCAGGUCAAAGAAAAACACCCCAAAAGCAGCAGCAAGAUAAAUAAAUCUGGCACUAAGCCAUCUCGCCAGCCAGAACCCAACUCAAGGGGUCCAAAGAUGCCACCACCUCCGAAGGAUGAGGACGACAGUGGAGGCGAGGAAGAAGAGGGAGAAGAACAUGAAAAGGCAUUAUGUGGUGCGUGUAACGAUAACUAUGGACAGGAUGAAUUCUGGAUCUGCUGUGAUGCUUGUGAGACAUGGUUCCACGGUAAGUGUGUGAAGAUCACUCCUGCCAAAGCUGAGCACAUCAAGCACUACAAAUGCCCAAAUUGCAGCAGCAGUAGCAAGAGGGCCAGAGCAUGAUAUCGGAUUCCUCCAUGGCUCAUGUCUGAAGAUCCAAGGAUUUGACUCACUGUAAAGACGCAUGUGGGACGGAAUGCCCAAUGGAUGUGCAUUCAGUUGUUGCUUUGAGAUUAGUACCAGCUUUAGGGGUCUUGCUGUGUUGUUAUUUGGUGUAUGUCGGUGAUGUUCUAGAUUUACUUGUAGUCGUAGCAACUAAUUGUAACAGCUUGUAUGUCUUGGAGCCUUGUCAGUGCGCCUGUUCUGGACUCUCAGUGUCCUAGGUCCCGUGAUGUAUCAUGUCAUCAUGUACCCUUGUUGUAAUUUGUUGAAGAAUCGCCUGUUAUCUUAGCUUUUACAGCCUAGUUAUUUGGACA